AUGGCUUCGGAAGACACUGGUAGCUCUGUUUUUAUGGCCAUUUGUUCUUAUGGUAGUGAAGCUGUGAUUAUUUCCAUCUCAAAAGACACAAUUCUUGAUCAAAUUUUUAAGGAAAUAGUUGAAAGGUGGAGACAUUUAUCUUCUACAAUGAUAGAAGUUAAGUUUUAUAUUCCAAACAAGUCUAAAAUGCUUGUUACGCUCAUGAGCGAUAAGGAUGUUCGUAACAUGCAUGAAAUACACGUCAACUUAAAUGCCAAGGUGAUCGAGAUGGUUGUUACUCAUUCUCCAACCUUGAUCGAAGGUGCUGCUGUGGUAAUUGAGAGUGGCUCAUCGCAUUGUGCUGAAAUCAGUUCGAGAGGGAAAAAUUUUUCGAAGGGUAGCUCAAGUAAUUUUGGUCAAGUUGUUGAAGAAACAAGAGCCGCAAUUGAAGAGGAAGCAAGUAAAAAAAAUUCGUUGGAUGAUUGGAAAAAUAGUAUAGAGGGUGUUGGUCAGGAGUUCAUGAAUGUGGAAACUCUACGUGACACCAUUCGCAACUAUUGCAUUGCAAUUUGCAGGGAUUUUGUCUUCGUGAAGAACGAUCGUGAUCGAGUUACUGUAGAAUGUGUUUAUGAAGGUUGCGAAUGGCGUAUUCAUGCUUCUCGCCUUGGGAAUGGUGAAAAGUUUGCAAUUAAAAAAAUGCACUGUAACCACACAUGUGGAGGAGGAUUGCAAGUGCGGUCUCAUCUAAAGGCUUCAAAACGUUGGGUUUCCAAAAUUGUUAAAGAUCAACUUCAAGAUAUGCCGUUAUAUAAGCCGAGUGAUAUUGUAAAGGAUAUUCGACGACAAUAUGGUGUUGAAUUGCCGUAUCAUCAAGCUUGGCGUGGUAAGGAGGUGUCCAUGAUGGAUCUUUAUGGAUGUCGUCCUCUGAUUUUUAUGGAUGGCACAUUUAUAAAGCAUAAGGAUGGAGGUGUAUUGCUUGGAGCCACUUCCAAAGAUGGAAAUGAUGAUAUGUUUCCUAUAGCUUAUGGUGUUGUAGAUAUAGAAUGUGAUGAAAAUUGGGAAUGGUUUUGCCGGUUUCUGAAAGAAGCUAUUCAUAGUUGUACUGAGUAUAGUGGUCAACAGUUCACAUUUAUGACGGAUAGACAUCAGGGCAUUAUUAAAUCCGUGCCUAAGUACUUUCCUGAUUCUUACCACUCAUAUUGUAUACGUCAUGUGAAAGAAAACUUCAAGAAUCAGGUCCUUGUCCAUUAUCGUGCAGCUGAGAGAAAGAGGCUCAUUGAUUUACUAAAUGCUGCUGCCUAUACACCAAGGCUUACUGUAUUCCGAAAGCUAAUUGCAAAGCUUACAUCAGAAGCCCCUGGUGCUACCACCUUUCUCCUACAUGCAAAGCCGGAGCAUUGGGCGAAUGCUGUAUUUCCAGGUCCACGCUGGGGCAUCAUGACAUCGAAUGUGGCAGAGUCUUUUAAUAGUUGGGUCCUGGAGGCUCGUCAUCUCCCUGUGCCUCAGAUGGUUGACCAUAUAAGGAUCCAAAUAAUGCAGAUGAUGCAUCAACGGCGUAAUCGAGGAUAUAGCAUUCAAUCUCAACUUUGUCCUGAUGCGGAGAAAGUGUUGCAAAAAAAUGCGGAAGAUGGUCGGAGAUUAGCUGUAUUUACGUCCAACAUAAUGAUAUAUGAUGUAAAGGAUACCAACUACUCAUGCAAAGUUGACCUGCAUAUGUGUAGCUGCUCUUGUGGCGAGUGGCGAAUCUUCCGCAUGCCAUGUAAGCAUGCUUGUGCAUGCAUCGAGAAGGACGGCAGAUCACUAUACCAAUUCACCGACAAUUGUUUCCAAGCUGAAUUGUAUAGAGUAACAUAUGCCGAAGCAAUCAGUCCAAUUCCUGACAUGGAGAAACCCCAAAGUGCCUCUGAAGAGAUCCACAUUCUACCCCCUAUAAGAAAGACACGUCCUGGCAGGCCUAAAAAGAAGAGAAGACCUUCGCAAGUGGAGUCAGUACGUGAAAUGAGAUGUGGACGAUGCGGGAAGGUUGGGCACAAUAGAAGGACUUGUAAUGAGGUCAUCAAGUAA